AUGUCCGGUGCUGCUGCUGCCUCUGCUGCUGGUUAUGAUAGACACAUCACCAUUUUUUCCCCCGAGGGCCGUUUAUAUCAAGUCGAAUAUGCCUUUAAAGCCACCAAUCAAACUAAUAUAAAUUCAUUGGCGAUUAGAGGUAAGAAUUGUACCGUAGUGAUAAGUCAAAAGAAAGUACCUGACAAACUCUUGGACCCAGAUACUGUUUCGUAUAUAUUUUCCAUUUCAAGAACAAUCGGUAUGGUAGUAAACGGUCCAAUACCAGAUGCAAGAAACGCUGCCUUAAGGGCUAAGGCUGAAGCUGCAGAAUUUCGUUAUAAAUAUGGGUACGAUAUGCCGUGUGAUGUUCUGGCUAAGAGAAUGGCCAAUCUUUCCCAAAUCUACACUCAAAGAGCUUACAUGAGACCAUUGGGUGUCAUACUUACAUUUGUUUCCGUGGACGAAGAAUUGGGCCCAUCCAUUUAUAAAACAGAUCCUGCAGGUUAUUUUGUUGGUUAUAAAGCUACUGCAACAGGGCCAAAACAACAAGAGAUUACCACAAACCUAGAAAACCAUUUCAAAAAGAGCAAAAUUGAUCAUAUUAAUGAGGAAUCUUGGGAGAAAGUAGUCGAAUUUGCCAUUACCCAUAUGAUUGACGCAUUGGGUACUGAAUUUUCAAAGAAUGACUUAGAAGUCGGCGUUGCAACCAGUGGCAAAUUCUUCACUUUGAAAGCUGAGAAUAUUGAAGAAAGACUAGUAGCAAUUGCUGAACAAGAUUAA